GUAUCAAAGCUCAAAGAUCCUUUUUUCUCUCCUCCCUUGCUGCGUUAAUCAUCAGAAAAAAAAUCGGCAGAGCCGAGCUCUCCGAUCACGCCGUGCACAGCCAUGGCGUCUGUCUCUCCUGAUCCUAUGGAUCGUCUCCCUACGGGUCUCAAGUUGUUUGUCCGGAAUCUCCAAUCUCUAACCCCAGUCAAGCUUGAUGACACCAAUUAUCCCUCUUGGUCGGCCACCGUACGUGCAAAUCUCCUCGCUCAUUGUCUUCUCGGCUAUGUGGAUGGAUCUGAACCGUCUCCUCCGUCUCUUAUUCUUGAUGAGAAGGCUGCGUCACCGGGAAAGGAUGAACCGCCGGUUAUGAAACCAAAUCCGGCCUAUGAAUCCUGGCAUAAUAUUGACGCUCAAAUUCGGGCAUGUCUCCAUGUUAUUGUCUCACCUACGAUUCAGACACAUAUUCAUGCUCUUCCCACCUCGCUUGCGAUUUGGAAUCAUCUAGAACAACGGUACAACUCUCUUUCACGAACUCAUAUAUUUCAGCUGAAGGAGCGUCUCCAUGGUGUUACUAAGGGGACCGAUUCGAUGCAGACCCAUUUGGACACGGUUCUCACUAUUGUGUCGUCUCUCAAACUGGCUCAUGAAGAAAUCUCUGAACAAGAUAUUAUCCUUUGUGUUCUACGAGGUCUACCGGCCGACUAUGCCUCCCUCAAGCAAAAUAUUCGCACCAAUCUUGCCACCGUCACCUUUAAUCAGGCAAUGGUCGGGGUCGUGGCCGUGGACCACAACGAGGCCGAUGAGGGCCUUACCGCGGCAGUUAGCCCGGCGGCAGAGGCGGCCAGCAACCGCAGUACCGCGACGAUGCACGCGGCAGAGGAGGCGUUCUAUGCAAAUCAGUCUGCUAAAUCUAGUUCGAACUGGCAUCUGGACACUGGCGCAAACACUCAUGUCACGCCUGAUUUGUCUCGGCUGCAUACUUUGACUCUGUACCAUGGCACCAAUUCCAUCACAACUGCAGGAGGUAACACCUAUCUCAUUGACCAUACAGGCUCAGAGGUAGACUCGAUAAGACUUCGCCUGUCUGAUGCUGGGUCCGAGCGCCCUUCUCUUCAGGUUGCAAUGUUCUUGGCCUACUGCUCUGUCCGGUGGUGGAAGAUCUUCACCCCCGACCAGUGCUCCGGCAUCAACCGGUUCGUUGCCAUCUUCGCCGUCCCUCUCCUCUCCUUCCACUUCAACUCCUUCAAUAACCCGUACGCCAUGAAUUUCCGGUUCCUCGCGGCUGACAGACUGCAUAAGACGAUCAUGCUAGUGGUGCUCUACCUCUGGGCAAAUCUCACCCGAAAUGGCAGCCUCGAAUGGAGCAUCACCAUUUUCUCCCUCUCCACUCUCCCCAAUACUCUGUACAUUAUCUGGUAUACUAUGCUUUUAUUCUUGUUCGAAUACCGCGGCGCCAAGAUGCUGAUAAUGGAGCAAUUCCCGGAAAACGCCGCGGAUAUUGUGUCGUUUAAGGUGGAAUCAGAUGUGGUUUCUUUGGACGGGCAGGAUUUUCUUGAGACCGACGCGAAAAUUGGGAACGACGGGAAGCUCCACGUGACAGUGAGGAGAUCCAAUGCAUCGCGGCGGUCCUUCGUGAUGACGCCGCAGCCGUCGAACCUCACUGGCGCCGAGAUUUACAGCCUGAGCUCGUCGAGGAACCAAAGUCGAGAGGCAUUCCCCCUCUUAUAUUCCGUGUUUCCUCCCAUUCCUUCUUCCAAACUUCUACGAUUCUUCCUCGCCAGUCGCCUGCUCUGUUUCUUCCUCGCCAGUCGCCGCCACACACCCUGCUCGCCGGCAGCAUCCGCCGCAGAUAUGCCUACGGCGGAGGAUCUGUGGGAACGCUUAGUGGGUGCAGCACUCCGGGGGCGGAGGAACUGUAUUGAUGCUAGCUUGAGGCCAGUGGGAGGAAUUGCUGCAAAUGUUCCAUCGUCACUUGCAAAUAACCGGGACAUAGAUGACAUAUUGAGAGCCGCGGAUGAAAUUCAAGAUGAAGAUCCUAGUGUUUCGAGAAUCUUAUGUGAGCAUGCUUACUCUUUGGCUCAAAAUCUGGACCCUAACAGUGAGGGUAGGGGUGUAUUACAGUUUAAGACUGGGUUGAUGUCUGUAAUUAAGCUAAAACUAGCUAAACGGGAAGGUGGAACUAUUGACAGAAGUCAAGACAUUGUUCGCUUACUAGAAUUCUACAGACUAUAUCGAGAGCGCCAUAAUGUGGAUAAGCUUCGAGAAGAGGAGUUGACAUUGAGAGAGUCAGGUGUUUUCAGCGGUAACCUUGGAGAGUUGGAGCGGAAGACCAUUAAGAGGAAAAAGGUUCAAGGAACCCUGAAGGUUCUGGGAACAGUCCUAGAACAGCUGAGUAAGGAGCUUCCACAUGAAGAAGCUGAAAGAUUAAUACCGCGAGAGUUGAAAAAUAUGAUGGAAUCUGAUGCAGCCAUGAUCGAGGAUCUGACUUAUAAUAUUAUUCCUUUUGAUGUCACUACGACAACAAAUUUUAUUGUUUCUUUCCCGGAGGUUCGUGCUGCCACUUCAGCUUUGAAGUACUUCAAUGGUCUGCCAAACUUGCCCAGAACGUUCUCCAUACCAACAAGGAGUGCAGAUAUAUUUGAUUUCCUGCAUUUUACAUUUGGAUUUCAGGCAUGCAUUACUUCUCUCCUUGAUGUUAUCAACAAGGAAAAGAAGGUGCUGUUCAUUUCUUUGUAUUUCUUGAUAUGGGGUGAAGCUGGCAAUGCUCGAUUUCUUCCAGAAUGCUUGUGCUACAUAUUUCAUCAUAUGGGAAGGGAGAUGGAGGAGAUAGUACGCCAACAGAUUGCAGUGUCCGCAAACAGCUGCGUUGCUGAAAGUGGUGUUUCAUUUCUUGAUCAAGUUAUAUGUCCUCUUUAUGACGUUCUUGCUGCGGAAGCUAGAAAUAAUGAUAAUGGGCGGGCACCUCAUUCAGCUUGGAGAAAUUAUGAUGAUUUCAAUGAGUACUUCUGGUCACUUAAUUGCUUUGAACUUAGUUGGCCAUGGAGAAUAACUUCACCCUUCUUUCUGAAGCCGACACCAAGAUCAAAGAACAUUCUUAAAUCUAGUGGAAGCAGCAAACGGCAGGGAAAGACUUCUUUUGUUGAGCAUCGAACUUUCUUACAUCUUUAUCAUAGUUUUCAUAGACUAUGGAUAUUUCUUGUGAUGAUGUUUCAGGGACUCACUAUUAUUGCUUUCAAUGAUGGGAAAUUUAACUCAAAGACCUUACGAGAAAUUCUGAGUCUUGGGCCUACUUAUUUUGUGAUGAAACUUUUGGAAAGUGUAUUGGAUGUCAUUAUGAUGUAUGGAGCCUAUUCUACAUCAAGACGCCUAGCUGUUAGCCGAAUUUUUCUUCGUUUUCUUUGGUUCAGCGCAGCUUCAGUAUUUAUUUGUUUCCUUUAUGUGAAAGGCCUUGUGGAGAAAACCAAGCCAAAUGGAGAUUUAAUAUUCUUCAAGAUUUAUGUCAUUGCUCUUUCCAUAUAUGGCGGUGUCCACUUGUUUCUAAGCUUCCUGCUCCAAAUUCCAACGUGCCAUCGGUUGACGAACCAAUGUGAUCAGUGGCUCCUAAUCCGGUUUGUCAAAUGGAUGCACCAGGAACAUUACUAUGUCGGCCGUGGCAUGUAUGAGAGAACUUCUAGCUUCACCAAAUAUUUUGCAUUUUGGCUUGCUGUUUUGGGAGGCAAAUUUAGUUUUGCUUAUUUUCUACUAAUUAAGCCCUUGGUGAGUCCCACAAGGUUUGUGGUUGGAAUGGAUAUUCAGCAAUAUUCGUGGCAUGAUUUUGUUUCCAAAAAUAAUCAUAAUGCUUUGACCGUUGCAAGCUUCUGGGCUCCUGUUUUUUUAAUCUACCUCCUAGAUACUCAUCUAUUUUACACUAUUAUAUCUUCUAUCUGUGGUUUCCUGUUGGGAGCAAAGGAACGUCUUGGAGAGAUUCGAUCUUUGGAUGCUGUUCAAAAACUUUUUGAGAGAUUUCCUGCUGCUUUUAUGGAUACCCUUCAUGUUCCCCUUGGCAUUAGGGAAUCCAUGCGUUCAUCUGGUUUGGAACUAGAGAGGAACAAAGUUGAUGCUGCUAAGUUUGCUCCUUUUUGGAAUGAGAUUAUAAGGAAUUUGAGGGAAGAAGACUACAUUAAUAGUUUGGAAAUGGAGUUGCUUUUAAUGCCUAAAAAUUCAGGGAUAAUAGACAAUGUUCCCUUGGUUCAAUGGCCUCUGUUCCUUCUAGCAAGCAAGAUAUUUCUUGCUAAAGAUACUGCUAUCGAGGGUAAAGAGUCCAGACUUUCGCAAGAAGAGCUAUGGGACAGGAUUUUAAGGGACGAUUACAUGAAAUAUGCUGUUCAAGAGUGCUAUUAUACCCUCAAGUUAGUCCUCACAUCUGUGUUGGAUACUGAGGGUAAGAAGUGGGUUGAGAGAAUAUAUGACGAGAUUCAGAGAAGCAUAGCUAAUAGGAGCAUACUUGUUGAUAUUGAAUUGAAUAAGCUACCACUAAUGAUUCAGAAAGUUACUGCACUAUUGGGAAUACUGAAGGAAGAACAUUCUCCGAAACAGGAAAGUGGUGCUGUUAAUGCCAUGCAAGAUCUUUAUGAUAUUGUCCGUUGUGAUGUUCUUCAUGUCAACAUGAGCAAGCACCUCGAGACAUGGAAUGAUUUGUUAAAAGCUAGGAAUGAAGGUCGCUUAUUUCAGAAUUUGAAGUGGCCGAGAGAUGCUGAUUUGAGGGCUCAAGUUAGAAGGCUUUAUUCACUUCUCACCAUCAAGGACUCUGCUCACAAUAUCCCAAGGAAUCUUGAGGCCAGACGUCGGCUGGAAUUCUUCACGAACUCCCUUUUCAUGGAGAUGCCAGUAGCAAAACCUGUUCGUGAGAUGUUGUCCUUCAGUGUGUUCACACCAUAUUACUCUGAGACUGUCCUGUACAGCAUGUCUGAACUCCUUAAAAGAAAUGAAGACGGGAUCUCAACUUUGUUUUACCUACAAAAGAUAUAUCCAGAUGAGUGGAGAAACUUCCUUACUCGGAUUGGCCGUGAUGAAAACACAUCAGAAUCAGAUCUUAGAAAUAAUGCCAAUGAUAUUCUUGAGUUGCGUUUUUGGGCUUCAUACAGAGGGCAAACAUUGGCUAGGACUGUGCGUGGAAUGAUGUACUACCGAAAAGCUCUCAUGCUUCAAGCAUAUUUGGAAAGGGUGGCAGCUCAAGAUUCUGAGGCUGCAAUUUCACAGAGCAAAGCAACUGAUACCCAAGGUUUUGAGUUGUCUCCUGAAGCAAGAGCUCAAGUAGAUCUCAAAUUUACCUAUGUAGUUACCUGCCAAAUAUAUGGGAAACAGAAAGAGAAUCAAAAGCCUGAGGCUGCGGAUAUUGCAUUACUAAUGCAAAGAAAUGAAGCACUUCGAGUUGCUUUCAUUGAUGAGGUUGAGACAUUGAUUGAAGGAAAAGUGCACAAAGAAUACUUCUCGAAACUUGUGAAGGCUGACAUCAAUGGGAAAGAUAAGGAAAUAUAUUCUGUGAAAUUGCCUGGAAAUCCAAAGCUUGGUGAAGGGAAACCUGAAAAUCAAAAUCAUGCUGUUAUAUUUACACGUGGAAAUGCAAUACAGACCAUUGAUAUGAAUCAGGAUAAUUACUUUGAGGAGGCUUUGAAGGUCAGAAAUCUUCUUGAAGAAUUUUACCGUGACCAUGGAGUUCGCCCCCCUACUAUUCUUGGUGUUAGGGAGCAUGUGUUUACUGGAAGUGUUUCUUCUUUAGCAUCCUUCAUGUCUAAUCAGGAAUCUAGCUUUGUGACUCUUGGCCAACGUGUUCUAGCAAAUCCUUUGAAGGUUCGUAUGCAUUAUGGUCAUCCAGAUGUCUUUGAUAGACUAUUCCAUAUAACUAGGGGUGGUAUCAGCAAAGCAUCUCGCGUCAUAAAUAUUAGUGAAGAUAUUUUUUCUGGAUUCAAUUCAACUUUGCGCCAGGGCAAUGUUACUCACCACGAAUACCUCCAGGUUGGCAAGGGACGAGAUGUUGGACUCAAUCAGAUUGCUUUGUUUGAGGGGAAAGUUGCAGGUGGUAACGGGGAACAAGUCCUUAGUAGAGAUGUCUACAGGCUUGGUCAGCUUUUUGAUUUCUUCAGAAUGCUAUCGUUCUACUUCACAACUGUGGGAUACUACUUUUGUACCAUGUUAACAGUGCUCAGUGCCUACAGUUUUCUCUAUGGGAGAGCCUAUUUGGCGUUAUCUGGGGUUGGUGAAACGAUUCAAGAAAGAGCAGAUAUAUUUGAUAAUGCUGCACUAAAUGCUGCUCUCAAUGCACAGUUUCUUUUUCAGAUUGGUGUAUUUAGUGCAGUGCCAAUGAUUUUGGGUUUCAUCUUGGAACAAGGAUUCCUGAGAUUUCAACUUUGUACCGUGUUUUUCACUUUCUCUUUGGGCACAAGAACACAUUACUUUGGACGGACUAUUCUUCAUGGUGGAGCUAGGUAUCAAGCAACUGGUAGGGGCUUUGUUGUUCGACACAUUAAGUUUUCUGAGAACUAUAGGCUCUAUGCCCGCAGUCAUUUUGCCAAGGGAAUGGAGAUUGUACUUUUGUUGGUUGUAUACCUUGCGUAUGGCUUUAGCACAGGUGCUUUAUCGUACAUUCUUCUCACGAUUAGCAGCUGGUUCUUGGCUAUUUCUUGGCUAUUUGCACCAUAUUUGUUUAAUCCAUCUGGCUUUGAGUGGCAAAAGACGGUGGAGGACUUCAGAGAUUGGACAAACUGGCUUCUGUAUAGAGGUGGAAUUGGAGUUAAAGGAGAAGAAAGUUGGGAGGCUUGGUGGGAUGAGGAGCUGGCUCAUAUUCGAACAUUAGGGGGGAGGCUGAUGGAAACCAUUCUUAGUUUAAGGUUUUUUAUAUUUCAAUAUGGCAUUGUAUACAAGCUACAUUUACAGGGAGAUAAUACAUCUCUGACGGUUUAUGGGUUUUCAUGGAUUGUAUUUGCGGUGCUUUUGAUCCUCUUCAAGGUGUUCACAUUCAGCCAGAAAAUAUCAGUUAAUUUCCAGUUGUUGCUGCGCUUUGUCCAAGGCCUUUCCUUUUUGCUUGCACUAGCUGGUUUAGCCACUGCUGUUGCACUAACUGACCUAUCUAUUGCGGAUGUAUUUGCCUGCAUAUUGGCUUUCAUACCCACUGGAUGGGGAAUUCUCUGUAUUGCAUCAGCAUGGAAACCUCUGGUGAAGAAAAUGGGAAUGUGGAAAUCCAUUCGUUCAAUCGCCCGUUUAUACGAUGCCGGGAUGGGUAUGAUUAUCUUCAUCCCCAUUGCAUUCUUCUCCUGGUUCCCAUUCGUUUCAACCUUCCAAACCCGCCUCAUGUUCAACCAAGCUUUCAGUAGAGGUCUCGAGAUCUCCCUUAUACUUGCGGGGAAUAAUCCCAACACUGAUUUGUGAUCAAGCGCAGAUAGACCCCUCCUCCACUGCAACUUCUAGGGUCUUCCAUUCCUUGUAUUUGUGGACUACCCUUAUUUCUAGGUUGCUUCAUGAAUUUAACAAACCAACAGAGUUUUGCAUCUACCAUUUAAUUUUUCUUUUUUCAUUAGCAUUGUGGCCAAAUGUUGUAUAAACCUUUCAUAUUGACUCCUUUGAAUUUGUAGGGUCUGAAAUCUGUAGAAGUUGAGCCCUUUUUUGAGUAAAAGAUGUGUCUUAUUUUUAAUACGGAGUAAAAUCUAUGGGGCUCAUGUUGUU